AUGGGCUUACAAUCUAGAGGGGGGAAGCUUACUGUCUUCGCCAUCAUCAUCAUCAUCGCCCGCCCCCAACUGGCAUUUGAGGCGUGCCUGCCAGGGAAGUGGUAUUGCCUGAGGGCUAUGCCCGGGCGCUCCUUCCCUUCCUUUUGCCAGCUCGGCGCGUGGGGCGUACUCUCCCUCCCACCCCCCCAACUCCCUCCACCCCCACCUCGCCCCGGAGGCCUCACAAGCUCCCACCUGUCCCGGCGCCACCUGCCCUGCCGGGUCCGGCGCUUAAAGGGUGCCCCCCGCAGCCGGCCCCGCUGGACGGAGCCGAGGCAGCCAGGCCCCGCCGCCGCCUCCCUCCCCAUCCUCCCCGCCCGCAAACCCUCCCUCACGUCUCUCUUCCUCGUCCCGCAACCCGGCUCCUUCCCCGGGGGCUGGCGGGGUGCACCGGGAGGCAGGGGAGGGGUGGGGCGGGGGGCCAUGGAGCUCUUCAUCCCGGAGCGGGUCACCUUCGGCUUCUGGGACUACGCCGUCUUCGGCCUGAUGCUCCUCGGCUCCACGGGCAUCGGGCUCUUCCACGCCCUGGCCCGGGGCGGCCAGAAGACGUCGGAGGAUUUCUUCACGGGCGGCCGGCGAAUGGGCGCCGUGCCGGUGGGGCUGUCACUGUCAGCUAGCUUCAUGUCGGCCAUCCAGGUGCUGGGGGUGCCGGCCGAGGCCUACCGCUACGGGCUCAAGUUCCUCUGGAUGUGCCUGGCUCAGCUGCUCAACUCCAUCCUCACCGCCUUCCUCUUUCUGCCCGUCUUCUACCGGCUAGGGCUCACCAGCACCUAUGAGUACCUGGAACUGAGGUUCAGCAGGCUGGUGCGCCUAUGUGGAACCUUCCAGUACAUCGUGGCCACGAUGCUCUACACAGGGAUUGUUAUCUACGCCCCAGCACUGAUCCUCAACCAAGUGACCGGGCUGGACAUUUGGGCCUCCCUCCUCUCCACGGGAGCCAUCUGCACCUUCUACACCACUGUGGGCGGGAUGAAAGCCGUGGUUUGGACCGAUGUGUUCCAGGUGUUUGUGAUGCUGGCCGGGUUCAUUGCCAUCUUCAUCCAGGGCACCAUCCUGCUGGGUGGGACAAGCCGGGUGUUGGAGAUCGCCAAUGAACACUCACGGGUCAACCUGGGAGACUUCAACGCCGACCCCCGGAGCCGCUACACCUUCUGGACGUUCAUCUUCGGUGGGACCAUGGUGUGGCUGUCCAUGUACGGGGUGAACCAGGCCCAGGUGCAGCGCUAUGUGGCCUGCAAGACGGAGAAGGAGGCGAAACUAGCUCUGCUGGUGAACCAGGUGGGACUGUUCUUCAUUGUGGUCAGUGCUGUCAGCUGUGGCAUUGUCAUGUUUGUGCUGUACAAGGAUUGUGACCCACUGCUAGCCGGGUACAUCUCUGCCCCUGAUCAGUACAUGCCCUAUCUGGUCCUGGACAUCUUUGAGAAGUUCCCAGGGGUCCCUGGGCUCUUCCUGGCCUGUGCCUAUAGUGGCACCUUGAGCACGGCAUCCACCAGCAUCAACGCCAUGGCGGCUGUGACAGUGGAGGAUCUCAUCAAGCCCCGGCUGCCAUCCCUGAGCCCCCAGAAACUCACCCUCAUCUCCAAGGGGCUCUCGCUCAUCUAUGGCUCCUCCUGCAUCACAGUCGCUGCUCUGUCUUCGCUUCUUGGAGGAGGGGUGCUGCAGGGCUCAUUCACCGUCAUGGGGGUGAUCAGUGGCCCAUUGCUUGGCGCUUUCAUCCUAGGAAUGUUUGUUCCCAUCUGUAACACGACUGGUGUCUUCUCCGGCCUAGGAACCGGGUUUUUUCUGUCUUUCUGGGUGGCAGUGGGUGGCACCCUGUACCCACCCAGCCCGGACACCAUGGGGGUGCUGCCCACCUUUGGGGACCUGUGCCCACUGUAUAAUGCCAGCGAAGGGGUGCUCAACAGCACCAUCGUCCUGGGCCCGCUGCCGCCACGGAACACCUCCACCCCCGCAGACAGACCAGCCAUCGCCGACACCGUCUAUGCUAUCUCCUACCUAUACUUCGGAGCCCUGGGCACCUUAACUACAGUGGUGGUGGGCAUCCUCAUCAGCUACCUGACAGACCCCACCAAGCGAAACUCCCUAGGGCCAGGGGUGCUCUGGUGGGACAUCAUGAAACAAACAUCAUCCGUGGCCCCUCUGGAGAAGAACAUGCUGGAGGAUGGGCUGGCCAGGGAUCCUGAGGAGUGGCCCCGGGGGUUCAAGAAGGCCCCAACCCUGCCCACCUCCCUCCCCAAGGAUGUACACCACAAACAGCUGCUGGAGAGGAAGCUGGAUGAAGGGGAGGGUCUGUGGGCUCCCAACUUCCUGCUGAGGGAGACCAACGUCUAG